UAAAUCAUGUCGGUGACCCUUUUAAAGUGAUUGGAUUUUUAGUUUCCACGUUGAGAGAGCAGCGUCUCGGGUGAGCGGAAAACUGCAUAAUAUGCAACAGAACAGUUUUUUGUGGCGUGUGGGAGGCUCCGACUGUUGUAGUCUCUGAGGGAAGGUUCACUUUGCCAUACUCUGAAUACCCUAUCUGUACAUAAAUGACUCUUUUAGGACGCAUGCGACUACAUAGCAUGUGCAUCGACAAUAUUGAACUGAAAGUUGUGUUGCAACAUUGUUUUUAAUGCAUGAGGAUGUUUAUGCAAGUAUUGAAUUUGCAGCAAUUAUGCAUGAGUCUAACUAACAUAUUAUAUGUUUCUUUAUUCAUCUGGAGUCGUUAUAUUACACAGUGUUGGUUACAAAGUGGAUAGUUGCAGGGGUUUGCUGUGAAGUUUAUUGAUGUUUUAGGAAAUAUUUUAAGCUAUUUAGACUCACUCUUUCUAGACAUACAGAGGAACAGGAAAACAUUUGUGCAAUGUGAGGAUGUGAGUUGAUCGAGGGACAAUGUAGAAAUGUCGGUGAGAGAUGAAGGGACAGCCCAGAACUGAGCGGUCGCAUGGCUUCUUAUGACCCUGAGUUUCAAGAGACUAACAGAAGAUAUGUUAAAUAACAAUGAAUAUUGUAAAAUGUUUGUUAAUGCAUUAGUGCUGACACUUCUUAACACCCCAGAAAAUCAGCCCUUGUUUAUUGAACUAUUGCAUUUUUUGUCUUGAACAAAUCCUCCCACUUAGAUUUGGAGUGUUUGACAGGUUCACCCACUCCAUGUGCAACCUGUCGCUUCCUGCCGUACAAGCAGGAAGUUGCAGAGAUGUGCUUCCUGAGACAGAUCCCAUGGCUGCAGAACAGCCAGGAAGCGAGACUGUUUUCCACACGACAUGACAUCAGUGACAGCCUCCCGAAUGAAUCUUUUACUUUCAUCACACACUUGGUCUUAAGCUUGUACACCAUAUUAGUAGUAUAGUCAUAAUGUGCUGAGUAUUUUUUUUUAGUGGAUAGUAAAUUUAUCCCGCUUAACAAGCUGAACACUGACUACUCUAAGCUCCUCUAUAAAUUGUCUUUGAGAAUAUAUCAUAAGAUGGUAGCUCACUUUUGUGAGAUAAGGUAUACUGUAUAUAUUAUUUCUGAACAGUACCUACAGUAUAUACUUUUUAACUUAAAGUAGGGAUCCAAAAUGCGAGUUGCAGAGGGUGGAGAACAUCUCCUUGGUUCCUUAUGGUUCAUCUUAUUUAUUCCGCAUGCAGCUUGUGUCAGCUUGUGCUUUUAUCAUCUAGAGUACACAAGUACUGUACAGUGAAGAGCGUGCUGCUUCCAGUCCUACACACUCCUCUUCUCUCGGCAGCGUUGUUCCAACUCACAUUCCCACGCAGAAUGUGCCAUUUUGGAAAUCAGCAUCUCACUUCAGAUGUGGCAGUCCGUGGUUUACAUAGUCAAAAUAAAUAAUUCGCCGGCCCCUCCCCCCCCCAACUAUUACCCAACUGCACAACUCUUGAUGAAAUAGAUUUUAUUUAGGGUUUUAGAUAUUAAUUUUUCCGCUACGUCCUAAUGGAGAUGAUCACAUAUGCCUUCACUUAAUUGUGAUACUCUUCUAUGCAUGGUUCCCCUAUCCGCUUUAUUUAUCCUCAUCUCAAGUCCCUAUUCUCGAUCUCAUUUUCUCUCCAAAGCAUCUCCCUGUCUCCUUGUUAAUUACACCAAAGAUCUUUUUCUCUAUUAUUCACCACUCUGCUAUUUCUGUCACCCUCGGUGCCAUGCCUGAUUUAGCUGUUACCAGCAAGGGUCUGCAGUGGUUGUUGAAAUGAGGGGAGGUGUGCGCGUAGGGGGGUUGCAUGUACUGCAGCCCAGUGCAACAAAAAACGGCUGUUAAGCGCCACCUGAUUGGCACAGAUUAGAGGGCUCUUUGGUGAUUGUGUGGAGGAGGCUCUUGCGGGGAACCAGCUCAUUGCUGCUUGUCAGAGCACAGCUGACUGAAGCGUUUGCCUUCAAUUGUUGUACUCCUUGGUGCAUUCACAUGUUAGUCUUCUGUGAUUGUAAUUAGGUGGAUGAAUUUGCCUUUUUAAGCACAUUUUUUAGGAUCCCUCCGAAGGUCAAGUAAAUUUUUUUGUUUUCCCGUAGACCCACGUAACAUUUAGAAGAGGUUCAUCUUUUUUGAAAACAAAAAUAGUCCGUAUUUUACUGAUCUCAUUUGCAGUGUCACUUCUGUCUAUCGCAUGGUCGUAUUAACAUUUUGACUUUUUGUAUUAUUUUGGAAUCUUUCUAUUGAUUUUUGUUGUUAGAGCUGGCGGUUAUCAAAUGUAACAGUCUCUGCGCAUGGUGAAAAUAAUCAGCAGGAUAAAAAAAAACUCUAAUGUUUUGGCAUUUCUGUGGUACACUGACGAUUUUUUAGCUGUUUGCAUUGGAAACAAUGAAAGCCUCCACGUGCUUGAUCAAACAGGACUGAGAUGACGCCGUAGCCAUUUGUGUCAUUGUUGCACACUGUGGCCUUCGAACACACAAGUGGUACUCUGAUGUAAAUCCAGCCCUACUUUUUUGUUCCUCUCCCUUUGUCAUCAUCAGCUCUUUUGUCCACUGGCACAUAGCAAUAAAUAUGCUGCAUAAAGACUUUGGACGAUGUUUACUGAAAUGUGACACAGUCCAGCUGGGUGGUCGGAAGAGAUUUAGCUAGCCUCAGAAGAAGGAGAGCUGUGCAUCACCCUCCAGAGCCAAAUGUGUCCUUAAGACCCUCUCGUCACUUCGCUACCAGUGAGCAUUAUGUUGAACCCAAUCUAAAUCCAGAAACUCCCCACUCCUACCUGUGCCCUCCAUUUCCCUGAACCCCAACUUCACGAUGACCAGUCUCAAGCGUUCCCAGACAGAACGCUCUGUUGGGGGCUCGGUGCCAGCAACCGAUGAGUUCUAUACUCGCCGUUUGCGUCUGCCCAAUGGAGGCGCACCACCACCCCGCAGCGAGAGCGCUCAUAUUUCUUCUUCCUCCACCACUGGCACUAAUCCUGGCGUCCCCAAGAUGGGAGUCCGGGCUCGUGUGGCCGACUGGCCCCCUAGAAAAGAUGGUGGGGGCGGAGGUGUAUGGCAUAUCACAGUGGAAACUGACUCACCCAGUUCCACCACCACCAGCUCUUCGGGAAGUGGUGGAAGUGGAGAUCGAGAAAGACUUGGUGGAGGUGGUGGUGGUGGUGGUGGUGGCAGCGGUGGCAGUGGCGGAGGGGUUGUCUCAGCUGUCACAGCCCACAGCAAUUUGUCAGCCAAGCUGGGCCAUCUCAUCAGUCCUCAAGACUCAUCCAUGCUCCGCAAUAUCCAGAACACACUGAAGAACAAGAUGCAAAUGAAAGGAAAGGACAAUCGUUUUUUGUCGCCGGAUGGCUAUUUGGGGUCACCUCGUAAAGGUAUGAGACGCAUCCGACAGCGUAGUAACAGUGAUAUAACAAUUAGCGAACUGGACGGCGAUGGUAAUGAGGGCUGGUCUUUCUCUGGGUGGACCCCCAUGCACCGAGAGUAUGGAAGCACUUCAUCCAUAGACAAACAUGGUGUGUCAGGGGAGAGUUUUUUUGACAUGCUCAAAGGAUACCAGUCGUCUGAGGCCCCCGAUCAACGAAGCCCAGCCCCAGAGAGAUUAACCGAGCUGCUGACUGUAGCCCCUGUGAAACAGGCUGCUCUGGAUUUGCCAGAUGGCCCCAUGGGACCAGCCAGAGGUAGUCCUGCCAGUCGACUUAAGGAAAGAGAGAAGCAUUUGAAAAGGAGGUCGAAGUCAGAGACCGGUGGAGAGUCAAUAUUCCGCAAGUUGCGCAGUGUGAAAGUAGAAGGUGACACAUCGAGAGCUGGGUCAGAUGCUGAGGAUGGAGGGAAAGGUGACGACAGUGCGCCCCCUCCUAAACCUUGGAUGUGCCAAAAGGGCUUUGCCCAUUUUGAUAUCCAUUCGUUACUCUUUGACCUCAAUGAGGUCAUCCAAUGCCGGCAGUCAGGAGCCAAACGCAAGAACACCACUACGGGUGCCUCGGCUGCCGCUGCUGCUUCGGCCACGUCGUCCCUCUCCUCCAGUCAGAGCGUAGUGUACGGGUCACCCUGCGGCUCGCAAGAGGAGCUGAGCAAAGAAGGGAUAGGAGGACACGGUACCAACCCGGCCUUGGACCCAGGUGAUGACAAAAACAACGACCUUGUGCUCAGCUGCCCAUGUUUCAGGAAUGAGAUUGGCGGAGAGGGUGAGAGGAACAUCGCUCCAGCUAAACAGCAAGGCAGCAUUGGCAGUGGUGGGAGCUCAAGCAAUUCUACUAGUAGUCCAGAGGAAGGACCGCUGGAGGCUACUCUCACUACUCAUUUUACGAACGCCGGUGUGGCAGUCCUGGAGGCCCCAAAGGACGGCCCAAGUCAACACGCUGACCGGUCCAAACGGUAUAUCGUGGAACAUGUUGACCUCGGAGCCUAUUACUAUAGAAAGCACUUUUACCUUCGAGAACACUGGAACUACCUGGGGUUGGAUGAGAACCUGGGCCCGGUGGCAGUGAGUCUCAGGAGGGAGAAGGUGGAGGAGCACAAGGAACACGGCCAGCAGUACAACUACAGGGUCAUUUUUAGAACCAGUGAGCUAAACACCCUGCGUGGCUCCAUCAUUGAAGACGCCGUGCCGUCAACAUCGAAACACGGUUUAGCACGAGGACUGCCCCUCAAAGAGGUGCUGGAGUACCUGGUGCCCGAGCUGAACGCUCACUGCCUGCGCCUGGCACUCAACACACCCAAGGUCACCGAGCAGUUGAUGAAGUUGGACGAGCAGGGGCUAAGUUUCCAGCGAAAAGUGGGGGUGAUGUACUGCAUGGCGGGCCAGAGCAGCGAGGAAGAAAUGUACAACAAUGAAUCAACUGGUCCCGCACUGGAGGAGUUCCUUCAUCUUCUGGGAGAGAGGGUUCGACUCAAAGGCUUCUCCAAAUACCGGGCCCAGCUGGACACCAAGACUGACUCAACAGGCACUCACUCCCUGUAUACCACCUAUAAGGACUAUGAGAUCAUGUUCCAUGUUUCAACCAUGCUUCCCUACACGCCUAACAAUAAACAACAACUGCUGCGGAAGCGUCACAUCGGGAAUGACAUCGUCACCAUUGUGUUCCAGGAGCCAGGGGCGCUCCCCUUCACCCCCAAAAACAUCCGUUCACACUUCCAACAUGUCUUUGUGAUUGUGCGGGCGCACAGUCCCUGUUCCGACAAUACCUCUUACAGCGUGGCAGUCACCCGGUCUAAAGACAUGCCAUCAUUUGGACCACCGAUCCCAGAAGGCGUUACCUUCCCCAAGUCGUCGGUGUUCCGGGACUUCCUCCUCGCUAAGGUCAUCAAUGCAGAGAACGCCGCCCACAAGUCUCACAAAUUCCGCGCCAUGGCCACACGAACACGCCAGGAGUACCUGCGUGACCUGGCCGAGAGGCAUACAACCAGCACGCCCAUUGACCCAUCCGGGAAGUUCCCCUUUAUCUCACUGGCCCACAAGAAAAAGGAAAAGAGUCGUCCGUAUGCGGGAGCUGAGCUGCGCAGUCUUGGGGCCAUUACCUGGCCGGUCCACGCGGAGGAUCAUGGCAGUGGGGGGGAGAUCGAUGCCCUUCUGGCCAUCUCCAAUGAUUUCCUCAUAUUGUUGGACCAUGAUGUCAAAGCCGUGGUGUUCAACUGUGCCACCAAAGAUGUGAUUGGCUGGACGCUGAGCAGUCCGGCAUCUUUAAGGAUUUUCUAUGAGCGUGGAGAAAGUGUGUCGCUACGGAGUAUCAGUAAUAACACGGAGGAUUUCAAAGAGGUGCUCAAACGUCUGGAGUUCCUGACAAAGGGCUGUGAUACAUCGGAGAUGACGCUCCGUCGAAACGGCCUUGGACAGCUUGGCUUCCAUGUGAACUAUGAAGGCAUUGUUGCCGAGGUGGAGCCGUAUGGCUACGCAUGGCAGGCAGGGCUGCGACAGGGAAGUCGCUUGGUAGAAAUCUGCAAAGUCGCUGUCGCAACACUGACUCACGAGCAAAUGAUUGACCUGUUACGCACUUCGGUGAGCGUGCGUGUUUCGAUCAUCCCACCGCACGAUGACGCCACUCCACGCAGAGGCUGUUCAGAGCUUUACCGCAUGCCCAUGGCUGACUACAAGAGUAGCAGCAAUGAUAGCGGCUCCUUCGAAUACAAGUUCCCCUUCCGCAGCAACAACAACAAGUGGCAGAGGACCUCCAGCAGCCCCCAGCAGUCACUCACUGCCUCACCGCAGCCCCACACUCCCAACAGGGCCAUCAGCCUGGGGAGCUCGGUGGGCAAGACCCUGUCAGCUGAGAGGUUGGAGAGGGGAGCGGUCAUCCCACGCAGUGUCAGCAGUGAUGGACGCCCCAUGGACACCAAGAGGAUGUCUCCAGGCAGCGAGAGCUACAGUCUGGCCUCCUCGAUGGCUCUGGGACGCUCUCCUCAUAAUCGCAGCUCUCCCAGUAACCUGUCCUGUUCCAGCGAUGCCUCCGGCAGCUCGGCUCACUGGAGACAGAAGUCCAUGCCAGAGCAGUUUGUAGGCAAUCGCCAUUCUCCAAUGUCCAAUGAGAGACAGGUCGUCGGAGAGGGCGGCUCAGGUGGCAAGUCGACGCCCAAUUGGCCGAGAGGAAUGGAAGAAGGAGGGCCAGAACGAGGGUCAACAGAGGCACCAGUCUCUAAAUCUGGGCAAGGCUACUCUGGAGGACCUCGCAUCCAAAGACAGGAGCAGGUCAUCCACCUAUCCCCUAAGAAGAGCAGUCAGUCGGAUGGUCCCUACUCUGGACACUCCAGCAGUAACACUCUAUCAAGCACGGCUUCCAGUGGGGGUCACAGUGACAGCGAUAAAUGGUACGAAAUGGGGGCCGGCGGAGGCUCCAGCGGGGACCAAGGUGACCCAGAACCCAACGGCCUAGGAGGUGGAGGGUACCUCCAGGGCGCCUCGGCCGACAGCGGCAUCGACACCAGCUCUUACGGGGCCUCGCACCACAACCACCCGCACUCGCAUCACGGCAGCACCACUUCCCUGCUGGCUCCCAGCGGGGGUAGAGAGAGCAGGGAUCGAUCGCCAUGGCACAGCCCCACAGAAGGAGGACGCAGAAUGCUGGAGAGGUCGCCUGCAGCUGCUGAGUCCCCAGGUCCUCCAGGAGAAAGGAGCCUGGAUAGUACUGGUCGAAGCCCUCCUACUCAUCUCCUUGUUCGUGACAGCAGCACCUUCAGUCUGAGUGAUGGCGGCUCCCACUCAAGGCUUAGCUCCCCUAGAGAUGAAUCAUCUUCAACCACAUCCCCGUCAUCCCAGUCUUCGGUGUCGCCUGGACCAAAGAGCUUCUACCCUCGCCAGGGAGCUCAGUCCAAGUACCUGAUAGGCUGGAGGAAGCCUGGUUCCACCAUUAAUUCCGUUGACUUUGGAGACACGCGCAAGAAGUCCCCAGUGGAAAGUGGGGUGGAUGUUAUUCCAACCCCUGCAGCCAGGCCUUCAUUAAGGGACAUGCACUCGCCACAGCCUCAUGCCAAGUCUACUGUAGAGGAGGAUGUGAAGAGGCAUGGUGCCCAGGACAGCCCUCUGCCACCACGUAGAUAUAAGGACAAGCAUCCACAGAAGUCCCCACCAAGCCAGCCCCCCAGCCGCCGUCGCUCGCUCCAUCGGACGCUGUCGGACGAGAGCAUCUACCGUGGCCAGCGCCUUCCCUCCCUGACUGACUCGGUGGUGGAGCCGACACUCGGAGCCGAUGUUCUCUUCAGCUGCUCCACUCUCCCGCGCUCACCCACCACCCGGGGCGUGCCCCUUCGACGACCCUCCUAUAAGCUGGGCGUCAAACUGCACGGCGACCUUUCAGCAUCUGACACGUCAUUGGUGGAUUUGGUGGAGCGUCAUCGUGGGCCACUGCCACAGGAGCUGAUGCCCCUCCCAUCCUCUGACAGGGACAGCCCCCUUGAAUGGACACACCUUGUGGACGUGGCUAAUACCUUUGAGAGUGAAAGAAACACACACUAUGUCCAGAGAAGUUAUGUGUUUGGGGAUUCAAACCACAGAAGCAGCGGUGCCUCCAGCCCUCAGCAGCCCCACAUAGAGCUACAACCUGCCCCCAUGUCACGGCCCUCAUCUAGUGAGGGUCACAUAGGCCUGGAGAGGAAGGUGACAAAGCUGGAGGCCAUGGUGAAGAUGCUCCAAGAGGACCUCAAGAAGGAGCGAGAUGAGAAGGUGCGACUUCAGGCUCAGAUCAAGAGGCUUUGGGAGGAUAACCAGAGGCUUCAGGAAGAGUCUCGAUCCUCUGCCGCAAAGCUCAAGAAGUUCACAGAGUGGGUCUUCAACACCAUUGACAUGAACUGAGGCGCCCUCUGGACAGAAGAAGACACAAGUGUCUCCCAGUUAAAACUAAAACAAACACAAAACUGUGUGAAAACACUAGGGGGCGUAUUUUGACCUGUUAGGAUGAUGCGCAGCAAAUAUUUUUAGCUCUUAUCAGAUUUUGCUGUGCCCUGGUCUUUUUUGUCACAUGGAGAAAGGGAAUCCAUGCCCCCCCUUACGGAAGCGACGUCCACCAGUUCUGAUAAAAGUGAACAUAAGCCAUCUACUGACCCUCCUGCCUUGAUUCCACAGCGGCUGUGAAGAAGUGCUCUUCUCUUUUUCUCAGCCUACUUUGAAAGAAGGGGAUUUUGUGUGUGUGCGCCAAAUGAAACCCAGCAGAGGCUUCAGUGUACUUCUUCCCUCCGACGCACAGACAAUGUAAGAGUUCUGCAGGCCCGACCACUCGCCGUUCACUGGAACACAAUCCCUAAUGAGCCGCUCACCCACCGGACUGUGGGAGGGGGGGGCUUUUCAUUCCACAUAAAUGGAGAGCGAAGAUGAAGCUUUUUUUUUUUUUUUUUUCCCUACGCCCCAAAAUGGAGAUUGUUCUGAACGAUCCCUGGGACUGAUUGUUUCUCAGCCAUGACUCAGCACUGAAGGGAAUUUUUUUGUCUAUUUCAAUGUUAUCUCCUCUGGGGGAGUGGAGUGAGUGAUAACACCCAACCCGUCUCUACAGCACAGACAAGCCCCCCCUCCCCCCUCAAUAGGAAUAUGUUUAAAA